AUGGGCGAUAAAAAAAUUAUUAUUAGCGUCAAAACUUCCACUGGACAAUCAUACAAGCUACAAGUUCAUGGGAAAAACUCGAUUGAAUCUAUCAAACGCGUUUUAGGCCAAGGAAUGAAUUGUGAUCCAAAAUUAAUUAAUUUAACGUAUCAAAACAUUUCUUUAGAUUCAUCACUCACUAUUGGACAAUUGAAUCUCCAGGAUAAUGCAGAAAUUAGAUGGGUAGAUCCAGAAUCUUCGCAACUUAAAAAUCGAUCUUCAACUCAACAGCAAAACCAAAAACAACAACAAAAAGUCGAUAGCAAACAAAAACAGAAACCGAAACGUCAAAAAUCAAGUGAGAAAAAAGCUUCUGAUUCACAAAAUCCAAAAGGAGAAGCACAAAAACUCCAAGAAAAAGCAAAAUUCAAUGAAAAGAUCAAAGAAAUAAAGAAGGCGUUUGGUGGUCCGUUGUUUGUGGAAGAACCAAAGCGUCCUAAACCAGAUGAUUACGAAUAUAGAGUUCAUUUUCUCCAAAACAUGUGCUUACCAAGUGAUUUCAUACCAGCAGCCCUUGAAAUGGCUAAUUACGAUCUUGAAAUAGCCGCAGAUGCUCUUGUAAACGGAGAUUUACCGGAAGAUGAUGAUUAUUCAGAUUCUGAGAUAGAAGAAAUGUACGAUAGUAACCGUUCGAAGAUAGAGGAGCAGAGGAAGGAUCUCGCAGGAAAAUUCAUGAUGGAAAGAAACGAAUUUUUACAAAGAUUUAAACUUCUUAAACCAUAUGAAAAGCAUGAAGUUAACCUUCUGACCAAUUUAGGCUUCGAUAUUACUACUUGUUUACAAAUUUAUCUCUCAUGUGGAAAAAAUAGAGAUAAAGCCAUAGAUCAGCUGGCCAUUUUGCAUGGAUAA